UGGCCCUGACACCUCACUCCCUGGGAGUGAGCAUCGCUUCCAAGGAUUUGAACAUUUGAAGGGAUGCUGUUGCUCUUUUGCUGGAGCCUGUCGAACUGCUGUCUGCGAGCCUUUGCAACAGCCUGUGAAGGAGUGUGGUGAAACAUUGUCCUUAAAUGGUAAAAGCUCCCAUAACUGAAAGAGGGGCUGGCAGAGAAAAAAAGGGGAGGAAAAAAGGAAAGAAAGGACCCGGGAUUGCUGGGCUUUGACUUGAAAAUCUCCAAGUCAGAGGAAUGACGGGAGGGCCGUGAAGGAGACCAGAGCGGUGGGAAAGAACAUGCGAGUGCAGCACCGUGCACGGAAACACAGGAUUUAACUCAUCUCGAGAUUGAUGAUGCCGGAAUUGCUAGUACCACUGAUAAACCUUCAUCGCACCUUUGCUUUGAAGAGGUGUCUUGGUGUAGGAAUGACUGCCAUGAACAUCCUCCUCUAGCUGAAACCAGCCCCUUGAACCCUGAGGAAAACCCUGCUGGCCUCACAGCUCCGCCAUCAGAGGACAACAGUGUUGGUAUUUCUUCAAAGUCACCUGGACCUCCCCCAGCAUCACGUUCCCAACAUGGUAACAAACAUGUAGAAGGACAGGAGAUUUCAGUUCAGAGUGAUACCUAUCAGUCAGAGUCACCAGACGAUGGAAGAAGUCAGACUGUGGGGUCACACCUCCUGACUUUGACUGACUCAGCAAAGGCUGAAGAGGACCACCACUCACAGCACAUCCCCACGGCAAGGAGUUGCAGCCACCCAAAGGAGACCACUGUUACCCCCAGCCCACGCUUUCGUUCCCGGUGCCCCACCAUGCCCACCCUCCCCGAGGAAGAGGAGGAUUCCCCAGAGGAGCUUGACAGUUCAUCCAGCUCGCCUGUCUCUUACACACCUGCGGAGAGCCAUGUGGUGAACACGGUCUUACCCACACCAUCCAUCGUUAUCCCAGGACAAGCUAACACAGAUAACCAAGUUCCCAAACCACUGAAACAGACCAGGUCCCAAAGCCCUCGGCCCCGAUUAUCCAGAAACUCAUCGGGAAACGCCAUCACCUCCAUCGACAGUGCAGGGCAUGUUAUUGACCUGGUCAAGGAUACAUUGCCUGAAGUGCAGCUCUCUGAAGAGGACAAAAAGAAGAAUCUGGAGUUGCUGGAGGAGGCCAAAAAAGUCAGCGAUCGCUUCCUCACACGAAGAGGCAGGAGGUCCACUUGCAGUCUCUCAGACUCCCCCACAGGUCUCUCGCCCAGCCCUACUCCUCGCUCAUCUCCUGUGCCUUCUAGAAGCAGUUCUCUUACUGUACCCCCCCAGUUUGAGGCAGCAGAUGUGACUUAUGCGAGUCCUUCAGCUAAUCAGCAUUUGGAGGUACCAGGGGUCAAAGAACAAGGAGACUCCAGCACAAAGGACCCAGAGAACUCCAGGAAGGUUGUAGACUGGAAGGCCACUGAGAAGCGGAAGGUGUCCUCCGGCACCCUGUCUCCCCGUUACAGCCCGAAAGAAAGUCGAGAUCCCCAGCAGGGUGGAGAGAGGGGCAAGAAAGGUCCCAUGGCAUCAGCAGAGAGGGUGGGGGAGGGCUCCACUACACGGGGCAGCCAGCGGAUCGAGCCCCCCACAACAAGUGUAGCCAAGCCAGUUCCCCGGCCAGCUGCACAGCAGGCCCCCUGCACUGCUGAGAUCAAGACCAUUGGUGCCUUCCCACCCCUCAUGAGGGCUGUGUCCUGGGAUACUGCAGGAUGUGCGGCCCCCAAUUUCUCUCGCAAAGGCGAGGAGGCUUGCUUCCCCUUCGAGCCAUCUGCCACCGACUCACCGCUCAAGUCUUCUGGGUACAAAGACUUCCCCGUCCAGCCCGUCAAGAUGCAGAAACUGACCAAAAUUCGAGAGGAGCACAAGCUGAUCCGAAACCAGAGCAUUGUAGGAUCAAAGUUGCCAGAUUUAAGUGAAACUGCAGAACAGGAUAGAGCUUCCCCCAUGGAGGAGGAGUGCAAAGAGAAGCUGGAUGUGAUGCCAAGCAUUUCGGACGUAAUGCUGCGGAAGCUGAAGCUGCACAGGGCGCUGCCCGGCAAUGCACCAUCACUGACAGAAAAAGAAGUUGAGAACGCGUUUGUGCAGCUGUCCCUGGCGUUCCGCAAUGACAGCUACACCCUGGAGAUGCGGCUACGUCAUGCAGAAAGGGACCGCAACCUGACUGAGGAAAAUGCGGAAAAGGAACUGGAAGAAUUUAAAGGCUGCCUGAAGGGCUCUGUGAUGCUGUGGCAGAAUUUAGAGCAACGAGAGACCUACCAGCGCCUCUUGGAGACCGUGGAUGUAUUGCAUCGCCUGGCUACGCGUCUCUCCAGCCGGGCAGAGAUGGUGGGAGCUGUACGGCAGGAGAAGCGCAUGAACAAGGCCACAGAGGUGAUGAUGCAGUACGUGGAGAACUUGAAGAGGACCUAUGAGAAAGAUCAUGCUGAGCUGAUGGAGUUCAAAAAGUUGGCCAACCAGAACUCCAGCCGAUGCUAUGGAGGAUCCAUGGACAACGGAGAUGAUGGAGUUCCUCGUUCAUCAAGGUCCAUGUCUUUGACCCUUGGAAAGGCGCUGCCACGAAGAAGAGUCAGCGUUGCUGUGGUUCCUAAAUUCAAUCUGUUAAACAUCCCUGGUCAGAGCCCAUCCAACUCUGGACAAGGGCUUCCUGUGCUGUGUGAGACAAACAGUAUGAGAUCCAGCCCUCCAAAUGAGCCCACACAGCAGGCAGGAACUGAGAAUGGAAGGACUCCAGCGGACCAGGAAGGUGAGACGUCUGCUCUGACCAAGCCCAGUGCACCUAUCAAUAACAAUGAGAUAAUAUCAGAACUCAAAGCCAAGAUUGAGGAAGAGGCCUACAAUAAAGGGUAUCAAGAAGGACUGAAGCGGAGUAAAGAGCUCCAGCAACUGAAAGAGGAGGAGGAGAAAACAAAAGAGAGUCAGGAAGGAGAGAAUGAACAGGAUCCAGUCCAAGAAAAGAAAUGCACCAGCAGCAAGUAUGAAGAGGCCCUGGACAUCCUAGAACGCAUGUGUCCAAAGAUAUUCAAGCAGAAUCGGCUGUUAUGGAUUGUGUUGACCCUGCUUGGAGUGGCUUUCUUCAUCGUCAGCCUGUUCACCUACUUCAGUGACCGCUAUAGCGAACGCGGUGAUGCCUCCACAGGAAAAAGCGUCGGCCCGGGCAAAAAAAAGUUCUUUGGAUGGAAUGUAAAGAAUCCAACACCUGACUAGCAGAGACUUCCAGCUCAGAUAUGUUCGCAUGAGAUCUGACACUCCCCAAAGACAAUGCUGCCCAGCUUCUACUUGAGGAACUGCUCUGGUUGUUUAACACUAAAUACUAUGUGCUGACAACACCGUCAUAGAUUUUUUUAGGUUUUUACAUUUAUAUAAGGCACACAGAUAUUAUUCAUAUCAUUGCUAUUUAAGAAACAGCGUGAAACAAAAUAUGAUUUAUGAUACAAUGGAAACAUCUUGUGAUAUGAUUGAUAAUCUCUUGAAAGAGGUGGUUUACACACAUAUGAAGAAAUAUACACAUAAACUGAAAUAAUAGACUGUCUCCCAGGGUCUACAGGCCAGAUCCUUUUUUUUUUUCCUCAGGUUCUAACCGUUUAAGUGACAUUCAGAGACUUACUCUAGUAUUUAAAAAAUAUUGUUUUUUAUAUAUUUUGUGAAGUUGUUCUAUAUUGUCCAUUUAUACUGAGCGCUUAUUUGAAAAUUAUAUUUUUAGGUUGUCAGUCAAAUUUAAUGUCUAAAGUGCAAUAUUUUUGUAGCUGAGGGUUCACAUUUGUGAUACUUUGUUGGUUUGAUUCUCACUUCACAGACCCUGUUAGUUUGAGAGGUUUUACAAAUAUAAAAGAGCACUUUUUUUA